ACCAGAAACGAAUUUGCCCUUGUCGCUGUCCCACGUGACAACGCUAACUAUCGUUGUUAGCUAGUAGCUGGUGUGGUUGGACCGGUCUCAGACUCAUUGGAACUUGUACUUUAUCGUUUACUUUUCGGAAUUAAAAUGUCCGGAAACUGUAAAGGUUUGUUGUUUUUAUUGCAGCGGUGUGUCGCAGUUAGACCUUCAGGUCCAGCUGCGAUCAUAAGACGCAGCGUGUCGUCGAACCCGUGGAGCUUCAUCCAGCAGCACAGGUGGACCUCAGGAGGUCCGCAGAGACUCUGUCCGCUCCAGUCCGCCGUGAGAAGCAACCAUCACCGCUUCUCUACCCAGGCCGGACCCCCUUGUGAGGAUGAAUACCCACCAUUGCCAGCCUAUCAGCUGGAUUCAGAACCAGAGACCAAAGAAGUGUACCUCGUACAGGUGAAGGGCCUCCCCUGGUCGUGCACAGCGCAAGACCUUCUGCAGUUCUUCUCUGAUUGUAGGAUCCAUGCAGGUGAAAAAGGCAUCCACCUGAUUGAGGACCGACCGGGGCGGCCAUCGGGUCGAGCCUUUAUUGAGAUGGAACAUGAGCAGGAUGUUGUCAGAGCUUUGGGGAAGCACAGACAAUACCUCGGUUCACGUUACGUUGAAGUUUUUGAAGUAACAGACAGCGAUGCUGAAGCCAUCCUAAAGAAACCGUCAGGCACCCGAGCAGACGACGCCGUGGUUCUGCUCAGAGGACUCCCUUUCUCCUGCAAGGAGGAUGACAUCAUCAACUUUUUUUCGGGUCUGGAUAUUGCCGAGGGUGGGAUCACCAUUGUUGCAGACAACAGAGGAAAAAACUCUGGCGACGCUUUUGUGCAGUUUUCCUCUGUGGAAGAAGCCAACAAAGCUCUGCAGAGGGACAGAGAGUUCAUCGGACACAGAUACAUCGAGGUGUUUCCCAGCAGCAGAAGCCAGAUUCACUCGAGUUGGAGGAUGAGGGGGAGUUUAAAUUCAUCUCAGCAGGACAGGAGAACAAUUUCUCCUCCACAAACCAACACCAAAGCUGUUCCCCCUGAGAUGUCAGAUGUUCCCAAUCAUUAUCUCCACUUAAGAGGACUUCCUUUCCAGGUGUCUGGAGAAGACAUUGUGAAGUUCUUCUCUCCUCUGAAAGUAUCAAAGAUCCUGCUUGAGUGUGGGCCUGACGGGAGGCUGAGCGGAGAGGCCGACGUUUUCUUCAGCAGCCACGAGGACGCCGUCACAGCCAUGUCCAGGGACCGCUUAAAGAUAGGUCAUCGAUACAUCGAGUUGUUCCUGAACUCGGGUUCAGAUUUGAACUGAACCAACUAAACACAAGCAGGUCAACGUUGACACAGACGCCUAAUGGAUAUGGGAAGAUCAUAUUUAUUCUUCAAAUGGUAAAAUAAACCAUCUGCCAAACC